GCCUAAAAUAAAAAAAUAAAUGAAACUUUAAAUUAUGGAGAUCAUGUGAUACACUUUGCAAUAUUUAAUUUAAUUAUUGAUCCGUGUAAUAACGUUAGCAAGCUUCCAUUACAAAAGACGAGCAGAAGCAGGUGUUUGUUAGCAUUCAAAGAUGUCAUCAAACUCCGCCGUCGAUAGCAACUCCGAUCCCCCAAAAUCCCCCUUCUGGGGAGAGCCAGAUGCCCUCACCCUCCGCGAGGGCUUCUGGCUCCCCACCUUCCUCCUCGACUCAUCCUCCGCCUUCCGCCAUAACUUCCAAGCCCGCGACGGCGACGUCCUCCUCGCCUCCCCAAUCAAAACCGGCACCACGUGGCUCAUGGCCAUCUCCCACUCCCUCCUCACCAAACCAAAAUCCAGUGAUGCCGAUGCCCUAGCCACCAACAACCCUCACUCCCUGGUCCCCACAGUCGAAUUCGAGCUCUGGUCCCCCACCACAAACGUCAACAUCUUCGACCCCACCUCCCCCCGCCUCCUCCACACCCACCUCCCCCUCUCCCUCCUCCCCGCCUCCGUCUCGAAAAUCGUGUACAUCGCCCGGAGCCCCGAGGACACCCUCGUCUCCAUGUGGCACUACUUCAACACCGUGGCCGGGGAGGUGGCGCUGGAGAAGGCGGUGGAGUGCUUCUGCUCCGGGGCCCACCCCUUCGGCCCGUUUGACCGCCACGUGGCGGAGUACUGGCAGGAGAGCCAGAGGCGGCCGGAGAAGGUGCUGUUUGUGAAGUACGAGGAGAUGAAGAGGGAGCCGAAGAGGGGGGUUUUGAGGAUUGCCGAGUUUCUCGGGAGGCCGGUGGGCUCGGAGGAGGAGGUGGAGGAGAUUCUGUGGCGGUGUAGUUUGGAGAGGCUCAAGAAUCUGGAGGUCAAUGCGGCUGAACAUUCUGCUUACUUUAGGAAAGGUGAAGUGAGGGACGGGAAGAAUUAUUUGACGUCGGAGAUGGGAGAUCGGAUUCAUCGGAGCGUGGGCGUUAAGCUCCAGGAGUUGGGCCUCUUUUUCUAAUUCACGACCAACUACUCUUCUCUUCUGUUCGGUUUAAUAACAUGUUUUUCUUCCAACUGAUUGUUGCAAGUAAACGAGUGUGUCGGUGUUUGAAAGUGUACGACUCGUUUCAAUUUAA